AGUCUUUAACUGUUGCUCAACAGAUCUUGCUUACAUUCUAUUGAUUCUGUUGACUGAUUUAUGUCAAUUAUUAUCACUCCUACACUGCAUCUACAGUCGGAAAUACAGCACAGACCUCAACUUUACAAAGAUUAGCUGGAAUAACGAGUAAUUUAAAGGGAUAUUUCAUCUAUAGGUUAGCUAUUCAUAAUGUUACUGUGAUGUUUAGAAACAAAUGCUACCAACAGGUUUGCCCUGUCAUUUACUUGUGCAUAUGAGUGGCAAAUACAAAGCACUGGUUUUGUUCCAAUCCCACAAUAAUCAAAGAGCAUUAAACUUGGGAAGUUUGUACACAAAAUACGGAAUCAAAACUUCUUCUUAGAAUGGAAGAAGAAAUACCAAACCUAAUUGGUCUUCUGGACAUGAGUCAAGGUUCUGAGGAAGUGUUGUGUGAUGUGAUCUUGCGAAAUGUAUAAGAGAAGAAAACAGCUUUUGGAACAGUUCCCCUGUAGCCUUCUGAACUGUGGCAUCAACAUCAGUCAAGAGGGAAUUAAAGGUAAGACCCCUUCAGCCAUGAGUGCAGAUCAAGACUACUACUUUGGAGACAUUGACUUUGAUACGUUUUUCACGGAUGAGGAACGCGAAAAAUUCAACUACUCCGGUAAAAUACCCGUCCCUGAAAUCUCGAAUUCAGUUCUCGACGUGCGCCAUGUGGCGUUGCUCGUCUUCUUUGGUCUGGUCUGCCUCGUGGGUGUCCCUGGCAAUGCCUUGGUGGUGUGGGUGACGGGCUUCAAAAUGCCGCGCACCGUCACUUCUAUCUGGUUCCUCAACCUGGCCCUGGCUGACCUGCUUUGCUGCCUGUCUCUACCCCUGCUUAUGGUGCCUAUCGCCCUGGACCAGAACUGGCCUUAUGGUGCCGCAGCCUGCACCCUGAUCAAGAGCUUCAUCUACCUGGUCUUGUACUGUAGUGUGCUACUCCUGGUUCUUAUCAGUGUGGAUCGCUGGCUGAUGGUAUCCCGGCCAGUGUGGUGCCAGAAUUGGAGGAGGCCUCGCCAGGCUAUCUGGGUGUGUGCGGCAGUCUGGUUGCUGGCUCUACUAGCCACCACCCCCCAACUUGUUUAUGUGAAACUGAGGGAAAUAAGCCAAUCGAAGGCCAUGUGCUUGGAGGUGUAUGGCUUAACCAGCGGCUGGGUAGUCAUGUCCUUCCGCUUCCUGACGUCGUUCCUCCUGCCGUUCCUGGUCAUCGUAGGGUGCCACAGGGUGGUGUACAGCAGGGCGCACUCAGGGUCGUCGAAGGCCACGAGCGAACGCAGCCGGCGUACGCUGAAGGUCAUCGCCGCCGUGGUGCUCAGUUUCUUCCUCUGUUGGCUCCCACUGCACCUGAUGGACUUUGUGAUGCUGGCCACGCCCCAAACCUCACCGCACAGCGCAAACGUGCACGUGCUACAUUCCGUGGCACUGUGCCUGGCGUAUCUCAACAGCUGCCUGAACCCACUGCUGUAUGUGUGCCUGGGCAGGGGCUUCAAGCAGAGCAUGAACCGCUCCCUGCGCGGCUUAUUCCAAGUCAUUGGCGAGGAGUCGACAGUAACCAGAACAGAUACCUCCCGGUACACCUCCAGGUCCAACACCCUGGUAAGCCAGGCUGUGGUCACGGUGUGAUUUCUGUAUCUUAACCCUUGUUCUCUUCUCUUGCCUAAUAUUGCAAAAGAUACCACUGCUUUUGAAAGCAUCCUGUUACAUUUGUCAUCAUCUCGUGCCCACAAGAUUUUGAUACAAAUUAUUUCUUGCUUAGAUUGAACAUAUCAUGUAGCUUAAGUAAUAUUAUUUACAACACUUUCUAAAAUAAUAUUUUUGUAUGUUCUGAAUGCAUUUUGAAUAAAUAAAUUAC